AUGCCCCUGGCAGCUUUGUGGCAAUCCCACGCAGCCAAUGAAGCUGCUGCAGAACAUGACCUCCAACGGUUGAGGAAGCAGCAGCAAACCGCUAGGGCAAGGACGGCCUCUUUGCUUUCACGACAAAAGCGAAAGCUUGAGAAGGCGCAUGAAGCUACCAAGGAGGAGUACUUGAGCCCCAUUACCAGUGCCACUAUCCAGGAUUCAUCUGAGGACGUCGUCUCUUUUCAGCAAACAUACUUUGCCUCUGCAAGGGAGUGGAAUCCGUUGGACAAGGAUAGGAAAGUGAAAGCAACGGCAGAUGGCAGGAGUAGGGCUGUGUGGCUCUAUUUUCAAGCCUUUGCUGCAGCGGUGAAAUCUUUAUUUCUUGGCGACCGCCCAAUGAGCAGUGAGCCUGGAACCAUCUCACAUGUGAUAUCGAUCAACAUUAACGAUGACACUGACAUCAAACUGGCUACCGGUCGCCGUCGUUCGACAGAAGUUCGCUCUGUGAUGAACAACAUUCAGCACCAUAUUGUUGCUCAUGCUCACGGUCCAAGUUCUGGUCAUGGCCCAGGUGAAAGUGGAGGUCUUGACGCUGAGGGCAAGUCUGCCCAAGAGACUGGCCGUGCUGUGACGUGGUUUUGCUUUCACCAACCUCUUGUAACUUUGGGCUGCGCAGACACAAAGGGUGUUUUCUCUGAGUUCUUGUCCUGGACAUUGUGGCUUGCUGGCCAAUGUGGUUGGCGAAUGCUCCGAUUGGGGGUGCCAGCAAAUUUGUUUCAGCAUGUGCGCUUUCAUGUGCUCAUCUAUUGUGGUGACGCCCUGAGAACCAAUGACGCUGUUUUCAACCAACUUGGGAAGAUCAUCACUGCGCAGCCAGUCCAUGCUCCUCCUGGACAGCAAGGCAAAUCAACAUCCCUUCAAAUUCAUUGCCAAAUACACCAGCUUUGCCUGGUGCGAAAGACAUUGGCUUUAGGUUUUGAUGGCUACUGGUCGAAUUUGGUGCGACUGGGGCACUUGCUGGAGGGACACGGGUUCCGAAGUAAGUUCUAUUCUGCGAUGACAAAGGUGAUCCGGGACAGCUUUCAAUACUUUCCGGUUACGGAGCUGCCAUCUGACUUUGAAUCGUGGCAUCGGCUGAAAAUCAAACAGCUGAAGCUUUUCUCAGAUGGCGGGAACAAGGGCAAAAGCCAGUCUGCAUCAAGACGCUUGAGAACGCUCCACCAGCUCUUGCUCAAAGACAAUGGUGAGACGGACAAGGUCAUGCAAGUUGUCGACAAAUGGGCUCAGGCUGCUCAAUCAACCAACUCCAACUUAGCGGAGACUCUGGGGAACGCAGUGGAUGAGUUGCUGGACCAAGAGUCUUCUUUCGCAGAUCAGAACAGGAAACGACUGAAGCUGGUCAGUGCGGCAUUUGAGAAGCAGAACUUUGAAACGAUUGUCAACGUUGUUGAUGUGCUUUUGGAUCCCAUUGAUGUUGGUAUCAACCGCCUUCUUGAGCGCAGCUCUCUAUUGAAAACCCUUCGCUACAAUGAUGUCAGUGGACAGAACCGGAGUCUGGAAGAGGUCAGGGGCCGUUCGCAAACUAUGUUUUUGAAUUGGGCAUCUGGUCGCUUUGGGCGCUCAGUUGUGAAGGGGCUGGUUGCUCGGCUGAAGUCUUCUGAUUUGGGAAGCCUGUGCCAGAACCAAAGCAUGGGCAGUGAGUCUCUUUCACAAACAUGCUUUCAGCUGGUCAUGUUUGCCACCUCAGACGUGUGGCGGCGAUGUGUCUAUGCGGUGCAAGCUUUUCCAUACUGCUUGUUUGACUUGGUAGAGUGCACAGCUGAAGAGUUCAUGACAAAGUGGGCUGGUUUUCAGGCGGCUCUGCAUCAGGGCCAAUCCUGCAUCGAUGCCACUUUCAGUGCACGCCUGUUGCGCGCUUACAACUUCGCUGAUAUGACUGAGGAUGCAAAGCUGGCACGCGCUCAGGAAAUCCAACGUGUGCUUCGAGACAUUGCAGUGUAUUGUCCUUUAGCCACCGAUGCUGUGGAAAACCUGCACGGCGCUCAUCAGUGGGCUUUGCACGUUGCUCGUGGCAUGUCGAAAUCAUCCAGUGUGGCCGCACAGUCUAGUGUCCUAGCUUCACUGCAGAAUGAACAUGCCCACUUGAAGUCCGUUGUGGAUGCAAAGACUUACCCGAGGAAGUAUCAAAUUGCGAAUAGUGCCAAGCAGAUGGGCCGCAGCAAGGGCAAAGUGAAGCAGAAAUGUCCAAAGGUCAGGGUAGUCAAAGCUGCUCGCCAAAAGAGGCGAUCCGUGUGUGGCUGGAAUCUUUUUCAGCGGGAGAGAAUGCAACAUCACGGAUGCUUGUCCCCUGCAGAGUAUCGGAGUGCUCUCAAGGACAUUGGUCAGGCAUGGAAGUGUCUCCCACCGGGGAAAAAACAACAGUACCACAUGCAAGCAACCCAUGAGCAAGCCUGCCGUGAUGAGAUUGUCACACGGCCUCUGAGAUGCAAAGGGCAUGUGGAUCCGACCGACAACACAGAACACCUGGAGAAAGUAGCAGGACGACAUUUUCUUUCGAAAGUCUCUGCGAAGCGGAUGUUGGAGAACCGAGUGCAGCACCAUGCCCAUGACCUUUGGAAGGUGCAUGGGUUGGGUCUUCAAGAUGCUUAUGGUGGUAUCAGUACACCUCAAGCCACCAUUGAUGCAGCGCUUGAGCAGUCCUUGCACGCUCCUUGCAACAAUGACCUGGACGAAAACGGCCCACGAGCCGACAAUGAUGUUGAGGAAAGUGCGGAGGCGCCGGCAUACUCAACUUCUUUGAACUUCUCAGAGCAGGGUCAGAACGCCCACCUACAUGAGCUUGCCGACCGGUGUGCCAGGCAAUUUGGGCGAAUGACCGCGGAGAAGCAGCUUUCAGCAGGGUCUCUGGUAAAAAUAGAACCGGUGCUUGCCACCCAAAUUGGUGGUGCCAGCGCUGGCUUUUUUCUGGGUGUGCAUUGCAAGAAGCCUUUGUUGCAGGUGCUUGUUCGGGCAGCUCCAGUCCCACAACGCAAAAAUGCAUAUCAUGUGGUGACUGAUGAUGACGAUAUGCCAUGCUUUGCGACUUCGUUCGAAGCCUUCCAUAGCACAGCUUCUUCCAGCCUCGAUGCAGUGCCAUUGCCAUUUGUAGAAUUUCGCGUGCAAGUUCUUUCUCACACCUUUCAUCGCCAUCUUUGGAGCGUGCAGGAGCUUCAAGUGCUGAGCGCCCAUGUUUCUGAAGAGUUUGCUAUCAGCCUCCUUCCCUCUACUGGUGGAGCUGCCAAAAAGCAAAAGACAGAUCGAGACCGGUUGCCGUUCGGAUUGAAAUUUCAGUCAAAGCCAAGAAAACCCAGGGCUCCGAAAAAGCCAACAACAGCUGGCAAAUGCCGGAGAGGACGUGGUGGAAGAGGGCGGGGUCGGGGGAGGCCGCCGCUUCAGCCUUCAGACGCAGACUCUACCGACUCUACCUCUAGCAGUGACAUGUGCACCAGUUCUGACUCAGACUCUGAUGCUGACAAGGGCUCUGAUUCUGGCACGUCGCCAGGUCCAGUGGCGGGUGAGACCACAGCAAAUUUGCAGGAGUCCAAUGAGGACCUGAUUUUGCCCACAGCAAUUGCGCAUUCUGAGAAUGCCAAAGUUGCUGAAGCCGUGCAAGAGUACAAGCGUGAAGCUGUGGCUCAAGAGGCUCAGCCAGUGCGACAUCCUCAGCCCUCUGGGGGCUCCUUUUUUGUCAAAGAAGAAGGUUUUGAAGAGGGAUCCAUAGCCGUUUCGUCCAGAAGCCAGUGCUAUCAGUGCAAUGAGCGCAUUGAGAAGGGGUCAAUUCGCUUUAGCUAUUUCUGGAACGUGAGAAGGCCAUCCAGGUGGUUGCACAGUGGGUGUGUGGUAAGUUUUGUCAGGGCCAACCAGUCUGCUCGCAAGGCCCAAGCGCUCAGAGCCUUGAACCACAUUGCCGCAAACGCGGCAGAAGGUCAGAGCGCAAGCGCAAGCAGUGAUUCAGAUGUGAUCAGGGCUGCUGCAGCCGAAUUGGUGUCCCAGCUUUCGUGA